CAACAAAUUGCAAACAUGAUCCGUUGUGCCUUGGCUGCGUUGCUUAUCGCAACAGUCUAUGGUUGUGGUACUCCUGCCUACCAACCCAUCCUCUCCAGGGUAGUGGGUGGUACGGAUGCUCGACCCAACAGCUGGCCAUGGCAAGUCUCCCUCCAGGUGUCUAGAGAAGGUCGCUGGAGUCACAUCUGUGGGGGAUCUCUCAUUGAUUCGAAAUGGGUUAUGACUGCAGCACAUUGCAUAAAUACAAAGUACACCUACAGAGUGGGUCUCGGCAAGCAGGUCCUCUCAGAAGAUGAAGCGGGGUCUGUCUAUGCUCCAGUUGAGAAGAUGUUCCGUCACGAGAAGUUCAGCAUGAUCUUUGCUGCCAAUGGUUAUGAUAUUGGUCUUCUCAAACUUGCUGAACCAGUGGUCCUGACCGACAAAAUUGAAUUGGGAUGUAUCCCUGCCGCUGGCACUAUUCUUCCCAAUAACUACAACUGUUAUAUCACUGGCUGGGGAUUGCUGAAGGCUGGCGGUACUACUGUAUCUAAUGUCUUGCAACAAGCUUACCUGCCUGUCGUGGACUACGCCACUUGUUCCCAGCCCUCCUGGUGGUGGUUUACGGUAAAGAAAUCAAUGGUGUGCGCUGGCGGUGAUGGAGUUAUCUCUGGAUGCAACGGAGAUUCUGGAGGCCCCUUGAACUGCCAGAAUGCUGCAGGUACCUGGGAGGUGCAUGGAAUCGUCAGCUUUGGAUCGUCCCGCUGCAGUGAAAAGAACAAGCCAACUGUCUUCACCCGUGUGUCUGCCUACGAUGAAUGGCUAACUGAGAAAAUGAUGAACAACUAGCGUGAUUUACUCAUAGAUUGAGAAGACUACAAACAUCUGCAAAACAAAAAUAAAUGUACUCAUAAAAGAUUAAAUUGUGGUGAAAAUCUUUAUUUGCACAUAGUACACUAUAUGUAAAUCCAUGAAACUAAUAUAUGUGAGUUCCACAGGAUGGACAUGAAUAUAAAACAUCAUUAAUCCAGCAACUCUGUCCAGUCGCAUAGAGCACCACGCAGUCCUUUCAGCCCAAAUAGUCUGCGCUGAUCUGUUAUUCUGCCUGCUCCCAUCGAACGCACCUGGAUCGUAGACCACCACACACCCCUCCCCAAUCCCUAUUAGCUCGUUCCAUACUCAUAAGACCACAAAAUAUAGGAGCAGAGGUAGGCCAUUUGGCCUGUCGAGUCUGCUCUGCCAUUCAGUCGUGGGCUGAUCCAAUUCUUCCAGUCAUCCUCACUCCCCUGCUUUCACCCCAUACCCUUUGAUGCCCUGGCUAAUCAAGAACCUAUCUAUCUCUGCCUUAAAUACACCCAAUGACUUGGCAUCCACAGCCGCUCGUGGUAACAAAUUCCACGGAUUUACCACCCUCUGACUAAAGUAAUUUCUCUGCUUCUCUGUUCCUAAAUGGACAUCCUUCAAUCCUGAAGUCAUGCCCUCUUGUCCAUGUUGUCUCCUAACAUGGGAAAUAACUUUGACAUAUCAAAUCUGUUCAGGCCUUUUAACAUUCAGAAAGCCUCUAUGAGAUUCCCCCUCAUUCUCCUGAACUCCAGGGAAUACAGCCCACGAGCUGCCAGACAUUCCUUAGAUGGUAACCCUUUCAUUCCUGGAAUCAUUCUUGGGAAUCUUCUCUGAACUUUCUCCAAUGUCUAAGAUCAGGAACCCAAAAUUGCAUACAGUUGUCCAAGUGUGGUCUCACGAGUGCCUUAAAACCACCCUCUGAGUGAAGGAGUUCCCCGACGGGUUCCCCUUAAGCAUUUCACCUUUCACCUUUAACCCAUGACCUCUAUUUCCAGUCUAAACCAACCUCAGUCUGUUUGCAUUUACCCUAACUAUUCCCCUCAUAAUUUGUAUACCUCUGUAAAAUCUUCCCUCGUUAUCCUAUGCCAGAAACAACCUAAACCAACUCAUGCCUUCCAGAUCCUUUCUCCAAUUUAGAGUAUCAACUUGAGAAUCAAUCCCACUCUUCUCCACCAUAUAUCUGCACAAAUCUGCACCAAAAAUAAAAUACAAUAUUGGCCAUGAAAAGUCCUUGGCAAAUAGGAUUACAGAGAAUCCCAAGGAAUUCUAUGCAUAUAUCGAGCAAGAGGAUAACUAGAGAGAGGUUAGGACCACUUAUGAAUAAAGACGCUUGGAUGUAGAGAAUGUGGGUGGGAUCCAUAAGGAGUACUUUACAUCAGUGUUUACCAAGGAGAAGGAUGUGGAGGACAGAGAGAACAGAACGACGCAUAAUAAUAUGCUAGGGUACUUUGAGGUAAAGAAGGAAAUAGAAGGAAAAAGAAGGAUAUACCCCAGGUUAUUGAGGAAAGCAAGAGAAGAGAUUGCUUGGGCCCUGACCUAUUAUCUUUGCAUACUAUUUAACCAGAAGCAAGGUCCUGGAGGACUGGUGAGUAGCUGAUGUUCCAUUAUUCAAUAAAGUUCAAAGUAAAUUUAUUUUCAAAUGUCACCAGAAACAAUCCUAAGAUUCAAUCCCCCUGGGUAUCCUUAAUAAAUCCAUAAUGGAAUUUAAACCAUAACAGAAUUGGUGAAAAACCACAGCAACUGACUGUUCAACCAGGGGCAAAAGACAAUAGACUGUGCAAAUACAUAAAGAAAGAAAGAAUAAUACCAAAUAAAUAAGCAAUAAAUAUUGAGAACAUGAGAUAAAGAGUCCGUGAAAGUGAGUCUAUAGGUUGUGGGAACUUCUGUGAUGGGGUGAGUGAAAUUCAGUGAAGUCAUCCCCUUCGGUUCAAGUGCCUGAUGGUUGAUGGGUAGUAACUGUUCCUGAAUCUGGUGGUCUGAGGCUUCUGUACCUUCUUCCUGAUGGCAGCUGUGAGACAAGAGCAAGACCUGGGUGGUGGGGGUUCCUGAUGAUGGAUGCUGCUUCCCAUUGACAAUGAUACAUGUAGUUAUGCUCAAUGACUGGAAGGGGUUUAUUCAUGAAGGAUUGACCCAGAACCGGUCCUCCGAAAUGAUACCACCGAGGUAUGUAAAAUAACUGUCUAUCUCAAUCCCUAAUCUUUUGAAAAGGAUUGGCUCAAGGACCUCCACUUUCCUCCUCAUGAAGUCAAUAAUUAGCUCUUUGACUUGAUGACAUUGAGUAAAGAGGUUGUUGUUCUGGCACCACUCAGCCAGUUUCUCAAUCUCCCU